AUGUUUUUAGUGUGUUUACUAAGCAGGUUUAUGGAGGCUCCUACUCGACAACAUCUGUUGGCAGCCAAAAGGGUAUUAAGGUACCUGAAAGGAACAGUGAGCUAUGGCAUCUGGUAUGGAAGGAAGGCUGGAGAUGGCUCUUUGGUAGGAUAUAUAGACAGUGAUUACGCUAGGGACUCUGAUGACAAGAAGAGCACCAGCGGCUACGUGUUCUUUCUUGCUGGAGGAGCCAUAUCAUGGUCUUCAAAGAAGCAACCAGUGGUUACUCUUUCAACCACAAAAGCAGAAUUUGUAGCUGCUUCAUAUUCUGCAACUCAAUGUGUUUGGCUUCGAAAGAUCCUUGAGCAAAUGGGUUGGAAGCAAUGUGUAGAGGGGACUACUCAGAUUAUGUGUGACAAUAAUUCAGCAAUCAAGCUCAGCAAGAAUCCUGUAAUGCAUGGAAGGAGCAAGCAUAUCGACGUUCGAUUUCAUUUUCUAAGGGAUCUUGCCAAAGAAGGUUUCAUCGAACUCGAACACUGUGGGACACAUGAUCAAAUAGCCGAUGUGAUGACCAAGGCCCUGAAGCAAGACACUUUCCAGUACUUGAGGGGACAACUAGGAGUUUUUGAUCUUUCAGAGAUCGAGUGA